CUGCCAUAAUCCAAAUUACGUUCGAGCAAAGCCAAUACUGAACUGCUAAUCAUUGGCAACUUCUUCCUCGAUCUGUACUGAUACUUAGAGAUCGUUAGCUACCACUUUCGAUAAGAGUAAUCUUUGAUUUGGUGCGUGAUCCAGAUCGACCAAUGGCGCCAAACGGAGACGCAGCGGUCGCGGCCGCACCGGCGCCGGCGCCCAAGGCGGCGCGGCGGCAGUCGAAGCCGAGGAGGAUCUCGAUGGAGGGGCUCCAGCGCGCCAUGUCCGACCUGGCCCUGGAGCUGGCCAGGGACAGGAAAGCCGCCGACGCUGCCAGGGCCACGCCGCCGCCGCCGCCGCCGCAGCAGCAGCUGCCGGCGAUCACGGAGCAGGUGGAGGACGCGCGGUGCGAGUGCUGCGGCAUGCAGGAGGAGUGCACGCCCGAGUACGUGCGCCGCGUCCGGGAGCGCUACUGCGGGCGUUGGGUGUGCGGGCUGUGCGCGGCGGCCGUCAGCGGCGAGGCCGACAGCCGCCACGGUGGACGCACGGAGGAGGCGCUGGUGGCGCACAUGGCCGUGUGCGGCCGCUUCAACCGCGUGGGGCGCGCCAACCCCGUGCUCAUGCAGACGGAGGCCAUGCGGGAGAUCCUGAGGAAGAGGUCCAGGUCCAACAGCCCCAGGGACCACGGCCCGGGCGGCGCCCUCGCCAGGAGCUCCAGCUGCAUCCCGGCCAUUACCAGAGACUUCAACUGAGCUGCUGUUGCUGCUUCUUGGGGCGCAUAAAAGCUUCAGCUUCAUUAGCUAGCUCGGCAUGGGUGAUCACGGCUGGGCAUGUAUCUUUUGUAGCAGUAUGUGUCGAGUGUCGACAUGAUAGUUAAGUUUGUAAUUUGUAGCAUUUUGUUGGAUGUCGUCCAGUUUUUCAUUAAGAGAGCAAAUUUUUUUCUUGGUUGUGCUACGUUUUAGUUGUACUACGCACAUGAAUACUGACAAAAAGUUGUGAAUAUCCAAUUUGUUCAGAGCA